GAAUAAAUAAAGGAACGAAUUGGGAGCGUGUAGAGACAGAAAGAUGGAGUGAAUCAUAAAAAGAGAAAGCUUUAAACUUUCUGUCGUCUUUCCAUUCCUAACUUUUUCUAUUGUACUUAAAACGAAUAUCGGCUUCUACUUACAUCUCUCUGUAUGAGGACAUUUUCAGGAUCAGAACAAUAGCUAGAAUUACCAAAUGUUUCUAAAAACCUCCAUCUCCACUACCAAAAAGCUCUUCCAGAAAACCUUAGACAAUGUCAAAUAUUUAUUCUCCGGUGGAUAUCAAAAGAUUCCCAAAAGCCCUCCAUGUUGUACCGAUACUAUGGUCAGCCAAAGCUACACAGAGCUUGACAAAUUUUACAUGACCCAUUGGGACAGAGUGCACAAGAACAAGAAGAAGAAGAUAAUAAUGUCUCCACCAACAAAGGAAGACCAAGUUAUAAUAAGGAGAAAGGGUAAUUAUCAUCAAGUUGUUGGUUCAAAGGAUGAUUUAAAGAGGAAGGAGAUAAUUAUGUACGACGGAAAGAAGAAAUAUCAAGAGUCAAGAAGAGAGGAAAGGAGUAAUUUGGUGGCUCAUAAGCUAAAGGAAUUAACAAUGUUAGAGAAUUACAAAGAUGAGCACGCUUUGGAUAUUGAACAAGUUCUUUAUUACUACUCACGUCUCACAUGCCCGGCUUAUGUUGAAAUAGUCGACAAGUUUUUCAUGGAAAUGUACUCUGAACUUUUCGGAGUUAACUUGUCAUACUAAUUAAUUCUUCUUUUCUUCAUUUUCUACUCAUCAUCUGCUAUGGAAAAUAACACGUACGUCCAUGAUUUGCUUCUC